AUGGGGAACAUGAUGAAAUUGCUGGCUGCCAGUUCUGAAAGCAUCCAAAAUGACAAUGCAGAAAUCAGUAUGCCCAUAGAUGAGGAAAUGUUAUCCAUCCCCAUCAGUAACAGUGUCUAUGCAAUUCUGAAGAGAAGAGAAAACUACCUAUGCAGUUUGCUUCAGAAGAAGUUUGGCUGCAUCACUGUCCUUAAAAGCAUAAGGAAUCCCACUAAAGUAUAUAGGAAAACCCUGAAGGAAGGAAUUGAAGUUUCAGUCUGGAUAGAUGAUCUUCCAAGACAUGAAGCUGAUGCAUUGGUGAAUGCAGCCAAUGAUUAUCUCCAUCAUUUUGGGGGCCUUGCAUUUGCCCUUUUGAAAGCUGGAGGACCAGAAAUUGAAGAGCAGUGCAAGCAGUUCAUUGAAAAGAAUGGACCACUCAUUGCUGGCCAAAUAGCCAUCACUAGUGGAGGAAGACUCCCUUGUAAGCAAGUCAUCCAUGCAGUUGGUCCAAGAUGGUCUGAAGAUCAGCAGGAAGAAUGUUGUCUGAGACUUGAAACAGCCAUUAUCAAUAUCCUGAAAUAUGUAAAUGCUCCAGAAAACAAUAUCAAGUCUGUGGCCAUUCCCGCUUUGAGCUCUGGAACCUUCAACUUCCCACAGGAUUUGUGUGCUCAAGUGAUUGUGCGAACAAUAAAGAAUUUUAUCCAGCUAGCUCCAUUAUUUGGCUACUUGCAAGAAAUCCACCUUGUGAGCAUUGACGAGACUACUGUUGAAGUCAUGAGAAGAGCUUGUGAAGAGUUGCUUGGCAGUGAUGAGGAUACGCCUCUAAGAGGGACCACAGAGUCCAUCACAGUCCAUGAUCUCUGCCUACAGAUUAAAAAAGGGAAUAUAGAAACACAUCAAGCUGCCAUUAUUGUUAACUCUGUGAUUGUGCAAGAUGACCUUUCCCAAGGAACUGUUUCAAGAGCAAUUCUGGAAAAAGCAGGUCCAGCUAUGCAGAAGCAAUUUGUCUUUGAGUUACAGAAACUUCUACCAGACAGACCCAAACUUGUCUGCACGAAUGGGUACAAUAUUGACUGCAACUUUGUGCUCCACGUGAUAUGGCCAUCCUACUGUGAAGGACAUGCACAGGAAGCACUAAAAUCAGCUGUUUCUAAAGGUCUUUUCAAGACUCAGGAGCAGCAGUUUUCAUCCAUUUCUUUUCCACCCCUUGGGAUUGAAGAUCUACACUUGCCAAAAGAUGAAGCAGCAGGGAUCAUGGUGGAAGAAGUCAUAUGCUUUGCAGAGGCGCAUCCUGGGAAGAAGCUGGAUGUAUACAUUGUGAUUCCUCCAGAUGACAAUGAUGUCUAUGAAGCUUUCUGCACCAAGGUGACAACAGUCAAAACCAAACUAGAAGAAAAGAUGGACUGUAGCAAUAUGGAUGGAAUGGAGCUACUGACAGACAUGCAAACCAAUGCAGCCUGUGAAAGAAAUGGACCAUUUGUGGAACUUAUUGGACACAGUCGUGAAACUCUGGAGGAAGCAGAGUUGUGGCUGAAGAACAUCAUACAAGUUGAGGAGACUCAUCGAAUUGUUAUAAGAAAUUAUAACAUUCUAAACAUUGGCAGUGGUCAGCCUGUUGAGCUGUCUCAUCUCCAGCAACAUUUUGGCAUAACCAUACAGGAGAAAUUGACUGGAGAGGGGGCAGCCCUAGAGAUUGAAGGUCCUCCUCGAGCUGUGAUUGAUGCAGCAUUUGCAAUCGAAUUCAUGUUACAGACUUCAGCCAAGCCAGAACCCCUGAGGUCCGAUGGAUCUUUGGGAAAGUAUUCUCAUCAGCAAGGGCAUCUGGAGAUGGAAAGAAAAUACUGCUACCAAGUCACUCCUAUAGAGUCAUAUCUUCAAGAAUUCAAGCACAAAGAAAAACAACUUGAAAAAGCCGGCCUCUGUGUUCUCAAGAUCGAGAAAAUAUGUAAUCCUCUUUUAGAAUCUGCCUUCCAAAGGUUUAAAAGAAAAAUUGAAGGAAAAAAUACUGGAAUGCCAGUAUGCCAUAGGCUAUACCAUCAUGUCCCAGCUCAGUAUUGCAGUCUGGUGUGCAAAACUGGAUUUCAGAAAACCUACUCCUCUUCACAGGACCAGAAAUAUGGAGCUGGUAUCUACUUUAACAAGAAUCCCAGGAACCUUAUAGGAGAUACCAGGGAAAAAUGUGAAAUGGACCACUUGAUCUGUGUGUUUGAGGCAGAGGUUGUAACAGGCUCAUAUACAAGGGGCAAUCGAAGCUAUGUAGCACCACCAUUAAUUAAUGCAAGCAGCAUGAAACUCUAUGACAGUGUUGUUGAUGAUAUUCACAACCCUGAAAUCUUUGUCAUUUUUAAUAGGGAACAAGCUCUACCAUUGUAUUUAUUGACUUGUUCCCUGCUUUGGAAUACAGCACCAGAGACCAGUUUGGGACCAUCAGCCCAGAAUCUAUGA